AUGCCUGAACCAGUAGGAAUCGCCAAUUUGCCCAAUCAGAGACUUAAGAUUGUGUCUCAACAAGGAGCUACAUUUACUAUUAUGGUAUGUGGAGAAAGUGGAUUAGGUAAAACGACAUUUAUUAAUACAUUAUUUGAAUCAUCAUUAAAACCUUAUGUUGAACCACAAUCAAGACAUAAUAAAUUUUCAGGAGCUCAUCAAACUGUUGAUAUUGAUAUUGUUAGAGCUAUAUUAGAAGAAAAAAAUUUUAAAAUUAGAUUAAAUAUUAUUGAUACACCAGGAUUUGGUAAUAAUGUUAAUAAUCAUGAUAGUUGGACUCCAAUUAUUGAUUUUAUUGAUGAUCAACAUGAAGCUUAUAUGAAACAAGAACAACAACCUUUAAGAGUUGAAAAGAAAGAUUUAAGAGUUCAUGCAUGUCUUUACUUUAUUAGACCAACUGGUCAUUCUUUAAAACCUUUAGAUAUUGAAAUUAUGAAAAGAUUACUGACAAGAGUUAAUUUAAUUCCGGUAAUUUCAAAAUCAGAUACUUUAUCUCCAAAAGAAUUAGCAAUUUUUAAAUCAAGAAUAAGAGAUAUUAUUGAAGCUCAAGAUAUUAAUAUUUAUACUCCUCCAUUAGAAUUAGAUGAUCCAGCUGCUGCUGAACAUGCAAAACAAUUAAUUGAAUCUAUGCCAUUUGCAAUUAUUGGUUCUGAAGAUAAAUAUGAAGUUGAUGGUCAAUUAAUUAAAGGUAGAAAAUAUCCUUGGGGAAUUGUUGAAGUUGAAAAUGAUCAACAUUGUGAUUUUAAAAAAUUAAGAAGUUUAUUAUUAAGAACAAAUAUGUUAGAUUUAAUUUUAUCAACUAAUGAAAUUCAUUUUGAAUCUUUUAGAUCAAUUAAAUUAGGAGGUUCAUCAAAUGGUGAUGAAGUUAAUGGAGAAGGAGAAGCUAAUGGAGAAUUAAAGGAUAAAGAUGAAAUUACUAAUGAAAAUGGUGAAAUUAUUAAGAAACCUAGUAAUAUUAAUAAGAAACCUAGACGAUUACAUAAUCCUAAAUUUAAAGAAGAAGAAGAUGCUUUAAAGAAAUUCUUUACUGAACAAGUUAAAGCAGAAGAACAAAGAUUUAGACAAUGGGAAACCAAUAUUGUUAAUGAAAGAAAUAGAUUAAAUCAAGAUUUGGAAGAAUUACAAAGUAAGAUGAAAACUUUGGAGGAUCAAGUUAAGAAAUUACAGCUUACAAAGCGUCCUGAAUCACCUCCUCUAGCUGGAGGUAAUCAGAAGUAUAAACGUAAUUACCGAGCCUGCUUAAAUUGUCGAUUACGGAAAGUUAAAUGUGAUUUGGGUCCUGUGGAUAACCCUCGAGAAGGUAAGUGUGCUCGAUGCCUUAGGGAACGGAAAGAGUGUGUAUUUGUAGAGUCUAAAAGAGGAGGACUGGGUAAUGUUUCUACAGGGAGGAAGAAGAGAAAAGUCGACGAGGGAGAGUUUAGUGGAUCAGAGGGGGCAGAUACAGAGCCAGAAGUUCAUGUUCAAGUGCCUGUUCAGCCCAAACCUAUACCUCGAUUACCUCCAGUGGGUGAUAUGCUCAGCCAAACUGUUCGACCACCACCAGUUCCUCUUUCUGACGUGAGACAGACCCAGAAACAUCACCACCACCAUCACCAAAACCACCAAAAUCAACAUCAACAGAAUCAUCAGAAUCACCACCAACAACAACCGCAAAACCCCCCUCCCCAAGAUGACUUCCCUUCCAAUGCCAACAAGAGCAACAACGACCAUUUUUCCACUAUGGAAGGUGCACUUGUAUUCCUUGCCAAUGCAGCUGGGACCAUUGCCAAGGCUGAUGAAAGAGAUAAUAUUGAUGCUCGAGUUAAACAUGCACAGUUAGAAGCUUCAGCGCAUUCUCGAGGCUCCUCCGACGAUGUGACUGGAGUGGCUACACCUGACGAUAAGUCUGGGGUAUCGCCAGUAGCUCAUGUCAGUAGUGGAACACAUACUAAUUCAGGCUUACAGUCUACUGAAUUCAGUCUGUCAGCUCCUCAAACGACCACCAGCUCCCAGUCAUCAGUACCACAGUACAUACGCCCUAAUUUAUCCCAGCGUAUGACUAUGCCCGCUGCAGAAAACGCAUACAUUGUCCGUCCCAGGGGGUCUAAUAAAUUAUCCAAUAUUGAAUAUAUUGGUGGAGACAAUGGGAUAUUAACAGAGGAUGAAGCUGAACGACUCAUCCAGCUAUUCUUCUCCACUAUGCACCCAUUCUUCCCGCAUUUACCGACAUUUCUUCAUUCAUCUAAAGUACUUUCAGGUUACCCUAUUUUACUCUGUGCUAUUCUCACUAUUUCAUCUCGGUAUCAUCCGUUUGAAAACAAUGCAGGUACUACAGCGGGGGGAGUACCUCGGAAUAUUGAAGUCCAUGAUCGAUUAUGGUUAUAUGUUCAACGGUUGAUCUCUCAGACUGUGUGGGCAGAAGCCAGUACUAGAUCCAUAGGGACGGUAUUUGCAUUCUUGUUGUUUACGGAAUGGAACCCUCGAGCUAUUCAUUGGCGUUGGUCUGACUAUGCCAAUAAGGCAGAUGAUGGGAAUGAUGAAUUAGGAGGGUUGAGUAAUAACAGUAACAAUGGUAAUGGUGGUAAUGGUGGUAAUAGUAACGUUAGUAAUAAUACCAACAAUAACAAUAAGUCGGGAGAUGUUAGUAAUUUGGCCGGUUUAGGAGCCAUGCGACGCAGUUACCGAAUGGCCUGGAUGUUGAUUGGGUCAGCUGUUCGUCUAGCUCAGGAUAUGGGGUUUAUGGAGAUCAGUUCUCGGACAUUUCUAGCCACUCACAUCGCCGAGAUCAAUUCCGUAAUGAACAUCAGUAGACGGUCUAUGUUGGGUCAUUCCCUCUCGGAGGUGGACUUGGAUGAAGACGAUAUCUCUGAAGAAGCAUUGGCCAAGUCAGAGGAUAUGGAGGAUCGGAUCUUGAACUUGAAUGAAGAGGAAUUGAAGAGACUCUCGACGGAUUCAACGUUGCGAUUCACACUAUCACAAAAGGCACAAGUAGAAUUACUUCAGAUCAUUUCUAUUGGCCAUGAGUCUCUCUAUGGGUACAGAGCCCAAUUGGGAUCAUUAACUCAACGUCAGAACUUAUCUGUUUUGAAUUUGAUUAGUCCCCUCAUCAAUAAUUGGGGUCGUAAGUAUAACCAUUACCUUGUACCUUCUAGUCAUAAACUUCUUCGGAAUGUAUCUAAUCUUCAGGCACAUUGGCUAAAUCCCCAGUCUAAGAUCAGUCGAGAGAUUGCUGAUAGUAUUGAGAGGGAACUGUUCUUGUUUGAAUUCAAUUACGUCAAGCUUUACAUCUAUUCGUUAGCAUUGUCUCCUUCGCCUCGUUCACUUAAUGAACAGAAAAGGAAUCGUAAAGGGAAAGUCACCCUUAAGUUGGAUGAGAUCUCUAAAUCAGCCAAAUACAUUGAGCAAGCAUUCAAGUCAGCCAAUGAGAUGUUACUGUCGGCUCAUCGUGUACAUCGGUUGAAGAUGUUACGGUUUAUGCCUGUCCGAUGGUUGACGCGUAUGGUUAGAGCAGUGGCAUUUAUCGUUAAGUGUUACUUGACUAUCACAGCCCAUAAGAAUGGUACUAAGAACAUGACAUUGGCCGAUACGUUUGAUGCCACUAUCUUAUCGCUCAGUUUGAUCAGUGUGGAUGAGAUCAUUCACAGUAUUCAACGAGCAGCCAUUACGUUACGUGACUGUUCACCGGAUGAGUUACACUUGUGUACAAGAUACUCAACAGUGCUUAUGUACUUGUGUUCGGAGAUGAAGACAAAGGCCAAGAACCUACAGGAGGUGAACAUUGAGUAUGAUCCUAUGGGAAGAGAGGCAGGGGCAGAGGUAGAGGCAGAAGAUGCAGAGGAUGCAGAGGAGGAAGAGGAGCAGUCGGAGUCUGAGACUGAGACAGAUACUCAUCCAGAGAGACAGGUAGAAUCUGUGAGUCAACCCAUGAGUCAGCCCAUGAGUCAGCCAUUUGUAGUACCUGUACCUCCACACACUCAGCCUCAGCCUCAGCCUCAACCCCAUACUCAACCAUAUCCUGCCACAAACAUGUACCAGUCUCUGUCCCAGUCACAGACACAAACACAAACACAACCACAGGCCACUGUCCCUCAAUUCUCCUACUCAGUGUCCAACGAAAGUAUCACUCCCAGCAAUACUAACACUGGUAAUGCUAGUCCAGUUCCUGGACUUACUGGAGAAUGGUUCAUGAAUGAUAAGAACAUUGGGCUUGAUUUUGUAGUGCCAUGGAUGGAAUUGAUAGAGCAGCAAUUGCCCACAGCAGACUUUAACUUUGAUGAGCAGAUGUUGAGGUAG